AUGAUCAAACAGAACCAUUUUCUGGUGAUAAAUGGCAAGAACUGCUGUGUGUUCCGAGAUGAAAACAUUGCCAGAGUCUUGCCACCGGUGUUGGGGCUGGAGUUUGUGUUCGGGCUUCUGGGCAAUGGCCUUGCCCUGUGGAUUUUCUGUUUCCAUCUCAAGUCCUGGAAAUCCAGCCGGAUUUUCCUGUUCAACUUGGCCGUGGCCGACUUUCUCCUGAUCAUCUGCUUGCCCUUCCUGAUGGACAACUAUGUCAAAAAGUGGGACUGGAGGUUUGGAGACAUCCCCUGCCGUCUGAUGCUCUUCAUGCUGGCCAUGAACCGGCAAGGCAGCAUCAUCUUCCUCACGGUGGUGGCUGUGGACCGGUACUUCCGGGUGGUUCAUCCCCACCAUUUCCUGAACAAGAUGUCCAACCGGACGGCGACCAUCAUCUCUUGCUUCUUGUGGGGUGUCACCAUCGGUCUGACGGUCCAUCUCCUCUACACGAACAUGAUGACCCGCAACGGCGACGCGAAGCUGUGCAGCAGCUUCAGCAUCUGUUACGCCUUCAGGUGGCAUGACGCCAUGUUCCUCCUGGAGUUCUUCCUGCCGCUGAGCAUCAUCCUGUUCUGCUCAGCCAGGAUCAUCUGGAGCCUGAGGCAGAGACAAAUGGACAGACACGCCAAGAUCAAGAGGGCCAUCAACUUCAUCAUGGUGGUGACCAUCGUGUUCGUAAUCUGCUUCCUGCCCAGCGUGGCUGUGCGGAUCCGCAUCUUCUGGCUCCUCUACAGAAACAACGUGUGGAACUGUGAGAUCUACUCCUCUGCGGACCUGGCCUUCUUCACCACCCUCAGCUUCACCUACAUGAACAGCAUGCUGGACCCAGUGGUCUACUAUUUCUCCAGCCCAUCCUUCCCCAACUUCUUCUCUACGUGUAUCAACCGCUGCCUUCGGCGGAACUCACUGGGUGAGACAGAUAAUAACCGGAGCACAAGCGUGGAGCUCACAGGGGACCUCAGCACAGUCAGAGGUAUUCCAGAGGCAUUAAUGGCUGACCCCAGUGAGCCAGGCAAACCCUCUUAUCUGGCCACAACAUCUCGUUAAGCCUCUGUGCCAAGAAGGAAGGUUGCCACUCAGCCAGAGCUCUCUGGAGAAACAAUCUGGCCGUUGCACAGAGUAACAUCAUGAGACUUGGCUCACAGUUUCUCGGAACUUCUAGAUUCAGAGAAUCUGAUUUGGAGAAACACCAUGGUGGAGUCGGCUGUGGCUUGGCGUCAAGGUGCUGCCGUAGCCGUCUCAGAGGAUCGGCAAGCACAGUUUCCAGAAGGUUGAAACUUCUUAGUCUCCCAAGCCUGCGGGGCUGCAGGACAGCAUCCUGCAGUUUGAGCUCCAGACACACCCAUUUGUACCUAUGGCUUCUUGGCUUCUUUCCUCAGCCAUCUCAAAGCCUCGGAUGGUCCUACCUAGCCUGUCUGUGGGCCCCAGUGGGGGACAAAGAGAGCCAAGGAGCGGGAGAGGAUCUCUGCCCAGGUAUCAUUGAACGAGCCAGCAGGUCACUUGGGUUCUGUGGAACCAAUUCGCUUUUCAGCCAAACUUUAGCAGAAAUGGAGAAGCGGGAGGAGAUUCCAAAGCUUUAAUUGUUCCGGGAGUGUCCGAUGGUGAUAAGAAGGGGCUAACUCCAGGAGAGACUGAACUAUCUGUUGGAGGGAAUAAAACCAUCAGCAAGAAAUUCAG